AUGAUAUCUAAAUCAACAACAAGCGGCACCCCGGCCGUUCCCUCUCGAAAUGCCCUGCGUGUCCUUCGCAGGUUGGCCCUCGCCGGGUCGACUGUCGGUAGCUUCUGCACUGUCGCAGCCAUUACCUACGAUGUCCAUCGCAGAGUUCGAGUCGCCGAGCGAAUUGUCGAGAAUAAACGCGCCCUGCAAACCUCCGCACCCAACUACGAUGCGACUUCCGCGGCGAAUAGGCUUUCCCGAAUGAUGGAGGCGGCCGAAGCAGGGGAGUUCAACGGAAUGGAUACUUUCAAAGAGGAGGAGUAUCGCAAAUUUCAACGCAUGGCUACUUCCCAUAAUAAUGAAACUGCGUCGGAAACACUUGGUGACGGGCUGUCGGCAAAGGUUGGGUCAGAACCCACGGAGGAGCAGACACAGGCAGAGUCUUUCUUGGGGACUGCACGUUCGUCCUUGAUGGGUGCGGCUAAUCGGACCUCGCCUCCCGGUUCUCGCUAUGGAAAGGCGGACCCUAUUCCACGCGAACAUCUACGAGGAACGAGAAAUAUCAAUCGACUCGGCAUUGCGGCAGCCGACAUCGGUGUGGAUAAGUCAGGAGAGAGCCCUGGACUCCCCGAGAAGAACUCUGUCGCGGAACGAAUGCAAAACCUCCUCGACCACGGUCGGCCCAUUGACGCAGCGCAGGUCUUUUUAGAUGAACAUUCUGCGUCACUGAAGGGCAUAUCAUCGGACAGGCGGGAGCUCGCUAUGCAGGCAUUCUACGUCAAUUGCAAGGAAGGGAAUGUGUUUGUUGCCAGGAGCAUCUUCGAGCGUCUGGAAGAGGUGGAUAAGAUCUCUCCGAGCAUGUGGAAAGUUUUAAUGUUUGCAUUGGCAAAGAAAGGCUCCAUCGAAUCCGUCGCUACUAUAUACACCCGCUAUAUGCAUAAAUUCCAAGUCUCGCCAGAUAUGGUGGACGUUGUACUCCGCUGCCUACUGGAAUCCCAUCGACUUACAACCGCCAAGUGGUUCCUUCUGCGGAACCUUCAGGUGGACCGAGAUUGUGGCCUGUGUGGCGCCUAUCUGACGGGGCUUUGGAAGAAGACGAGAAGUAUCGAACUGCUCAACGGACAAAUGAAGAAGAUAUUGUCAAUGCUGCCGCGGCUGGGGAAGACCCCCAGCGACAAGCUUUUCAAUCCGGUGGUCAAGGCAUACAUUGAAUUCGGUAGACUUGCGGAUGCCGAAGCUUUGGUGCGCGACAUGACAACGACCUAUGAACUCCCACUUCGCUGCCGCACCAAAGGCCUUCUGUUGUACGGCAAGGCUCUGAAAUGCGACUGGGAGGGAGUGGAAGCGGGCCUCCAAGAGAUGCAUGAUCUCAAGCUGACGUCGCGGCGGCGAGAUUUCACCCCUAUAUUCGACCGUAUCUUCCUCGAGUACUGGGUGUCCCACCGAGGACAUGAGAUCCGCGAUUUUGUCUUCCGCUACAUCAACAAGUUCAAUAUCGUUCCCGAUCGAGUGUUGUACAAGCACAUCUUGGAGGCAUUUGUGGAAAAGGGCGACAAGAGCAUGAUCGCCGAGUUUACCGCAAUGGCUCGCGAGCGCUCCUGGAAGGUUCCCAUCAAAGAGCAAGAGUUCUUGGAGAUACUGCGUUCUCGUCGUCUGGCCCUCGAAGGGGCCCCGGUGGGCUUCUGGCAAAUGCUCCAAGCAGCUCGCGUUAAAUAUGGAAACGCCGCUACGUCACAGCAGAUCCUUGGUUAUGACCAGCGUUCAUUUCCCAUUGCGGAAGUCAACCGCAUGCCUCACACCCAGGAACCUAUGUCCUGGUAUCAACGCACGCUGCAGGCAGUGACCCCCUCGCGACCCGUCGAUCAGUAUCAAAAGCUCCACAAGCAAAUGGCACAUUACCUGCACGUUGGCAAGAUGACCGACACUUUGAAGUGCUUCGACAAUGCUAAGAAUGCCAAAUUCCAGAUGAAACAACUUCAUGUCGAGUUGGCUGUGGUAGCUACGCUCCUUGAACACGGUCUUAGUGCCGCCCGCGCGCUGAUAGAGACGGAAUGGCGCAAUAUUCGACAUUUGGUCCGCUUCAUGCCGAUCUUCUUCCGUCAGAUCACGCAGCUUGAACCCUCCUCCGAGGGUGAGAUCGUCAAGUUGGCUGUCCUUCGGUUUUACGAACUCUGCUGGUCUAAUAAAAAGAUGACCGUCAAGCAUCAUAUCACCACGGCCACAAGCAAGCGCCUGAUCGCCUCCGGUAAGCCUGACUGGGCUCUGGAUCUACUAGCCACGGUGUAUGCGUCUCGCUACCGACGCUCUACCCCCUUUGACGGGGUUUGCAUGAAGAUGUUUGCACGCGCGUUUGCGGCGGUGGACAAUAUCCCCGGCAUUCGAUGGUGCAUUCUGACGGGUCUUGCUCGUGGGGGUGCCGUCAACCGUGAUUUCGUGGUCGAAGUCCGUCGGAUCCUGGGCGUCCUGGAGCGCAAUAUGGAAUCCAAAUCUUUUUCAUCAAGAGAGGCGUCUAAAAAGGAGGAACAGUUUGCAUAUCUGGGCCACCUGGCUGACCUACUGGACAAGAAAGCGGAGGGGGAUCCUACGGUUUGGGAGGUGAAAUCGAUCCCGACGCUCAAACGGGCGCAUCGUCGACGGUUGAAACGAUCGCUAGAUCCGAGAAAUCUAUACAAAGAGAGUGACAUCCGACAAACAAUCGAAGCCUGGGACGAGGAGUACGAGUUGGAGGCUGCGCUGGGUCGGAUUGAAUCCAAUCCCAAGGCCGCGGCGGCACGAUGCACCGAAGCGCAGUAUUUAGGAUUGACUCAGGAACGGGAGCAUAAGUGA